UUCAACAAUUCUUUAGUUGCUUGAAAUCUGACAUAAGUAUUUAAUAUUUUGUUUGUUUGGAUAAUGUUUCUUUGGUACUGGAAAAUAUUAAAUAGUGAUGUUAUAAUUACCGGUAAAUUGAGGACAUACAUGAUUUGUUUUUCUUUAACUUAAACAAUAUUUAAGAUGGCGACCUUUUCUCAGUCAACUGUGCAAGGAAAGUCAGGGUAUAUAUAUAAUGUAAGAAUACCAAGAGAUUCAAGUAGAUGUCAGAUCAAUGCCAUCUGUAUUCUCUCCAGUGAUCAGAUUCUUGUAGCAGAUAAUGAUAAUAAUUGUGUUAAGCUACUAGAUCAGCAAUACCGGGUGAUAGGACACUGUGAUUUAAAUGCUCAUCCAAGUGGCCUUUGUCAAAUCACACCAAUUGAAGUAGCUGUUACGGUGCAUAAUGACAAGACACAUGCGGUCCAGUUUGUCUCAGUGAAUGGUGGACGGCUGGUUAAGGGCAGGCAGUUACAAUUUGAACAUUCAUGCUGUGGAAUUGCUCAUGAUCAGAAGGACCUGUACAUCACCACUGGCACUGAACUUUACAAGUAUUCAGGGAAUGGAGACCUGUUGAAGAGGCUUUAUGAGGAUACGUCUAGAGACUGUCGUACAGUAUGGACGUGUGCAGUUAGUCCAACAGGUGACAAGAUAUUUGUCACCAACUGUACCCAUCACAAGGUCCUCACCCUGGCUAGAGAUGGUACAGUACUCUGCACCUUCACAGACCCAGACCUAAAAUGUCCACUUGGUAUACAUGUAACAGCUCAUGGACAGGUGCUGGUCUGUGGAGGGGCAUCCGACACUAUCCUACAGCUUGAUGGGGAAGGCAGGAAGAAGCUAGCAACUCUUGGUACCAGAAAGGAUGGACUUUGUGACCCAAUUUCAGUCUGCAACAACAGGAGCACAGCCUCAUUUAUUGUGGGACAAUAUAAUAACGACAAAAUCCUAGUGUUUAAAGUACAAUAGUUUUGUUUCACAAGUUUCAUUACAAACAUUUUGGAACGUGUACUUAAAUCAUGAAUUCAUUCACCAGAUUCAUAUUCAGUGUUAGGUUUCAUCACAUAACUCGUAUGAGUGAUUUAUCUUGUU